AGAUCCUGGAGCGUCAAUCUACGUACAUUCUCGCCUGGCCAGUCAGGAAAAGUAAAGCUUAAAGAUGAUCAAAGCGGCGUUUUCCAUCCUCUUGGUCCUGGUUGCCAUGUCCUCCACCUCCGGGAAAUACAUCCCUAAAUCUGGCAAGAGGAUCCCUCAGACUCUGUCCAGAGGUUGGGGUGAUCAGCUGUUCUGGGCUCAGACGUACGAGGAGGCUCUCUACUGGGGAAGGUCAAGAAACAAGCCUCUGAUGGUCAUCUUUCACCUGGAGGACUGUCCACACAGCCAGGAACUAAAGAAGGUUUUCUCUGAGGACAACGGGAUCCAGAGAAUGCUCGAUGAGGACUUCGUUGUCCUUAAUCUGAUGUAUGAAACCACAGACAAACAUCUGUCUCCUGAUGGACAGUAUGUCCCCAGAAUCAUUUUUGUGGAUCCCGCAAUGACAGUGAGGGCCGACAUCGUGGGUCGCUACUCUAACCGCAUGUAUGCCUACGAAACAGCUGACAUCAAACUCUUGAAAGCCAACAUGGAAAAAGCAAAGAAGCUCCUGAAGUCUGAGCUGUGAGCAGGAGGACGAGACACACACAUGAUGCCAGUUACAUGCUGGCACUACCGUUAACACAUGGAAAACGAAGCACUGGGAAGGUCCUUUUCUGAUUCUUACCUUUGUUAUUAUUGCUGUACAUCCAGAAUGUCUUUUAAAUAAAUAUGGAAGUGUUCAUACAUAC